AUGACAGAUAUUCUUAAGGAAUUACGAGAAAAAUCGCAAAAACGAAAAAAAUUAUUAGUUCAAACGCUCGGAGUAUCUAAUAUCGAUGAAUUACGUCAAACGUUAGGAACAUCUGAUAAUAUCUCUAAAAAAAAUCAAAUUAGUGUUUAUCUAAGAGAAAAUACCUGCUUGAAAAAAGCCAAAUUGAACAGUGACAAUCCUGGAGUUGAACUUGUAUACACAGAUUCUUCAACGUUUUUAAAGGGUACUCAGUCAUCCAAUCCUCACAAUGAUUAUUGUCAGCAUUUUGUCGACACUGGUCAAAGACCACAAAAUUUUAUCAGGGAUGUUGGGUUGGCUGAUCGUUUUGAAGAAUAUCCAAAACUCAGAGAACUAAUCAAAUUAAAAGAUGAUUUGAUUGCUCAAACUGCAACCCCUCCAAUGUAUUUAAAAUGUGAUUUAUCCACAUUUGAUUUUAAAGAAUUAGGAACAAAAUUUGAUGUUGUUUUGAUAGAACCUCCUUUGGAAGAGUAUCAAAGGACAUUAGGUGUGACUAAUACAGAGUUUUGGAACUGGGAACAAAUUAUGAAUUUAGAUAUAGGAGAAGUUGUCGAUGUAAGAGGUUUCGUUUUUUUAUGGUGUGGUUCAUCGCAAGGUUUAGACAUGGGAAGAAAUUGUUUAAGAAAAUGGGGAUUCAGGAGAUGUGAAGAUAUUUGUUGGAUUAGAACCAAUGUUAAAAAUCCGGGACAUUCGAAAAAUUUAGAUGGUAAAAAUGUUUUUCAAAGGACUAAAGAACAUUGUUUGAUGGGUAUUAAAGGUACUGUGAGAAGAUCCACUGAUGGGGAUUUCAUUCAUGCAAAUGUGGAUAUUGAUCUGAUCAUAUCAGAAGAAACAGAAUAUGGUUCAUUAGAAAAACCAGUUGAAAUUUUUCACAUUAUCGAGCAUUUUUGUUUGGGUAGAAGAAGAUUACAUUUAUUCGGCAGAGACAGUACAAUUCGUCCAGGUUGGGUCACAGUAGGUUCAGAGUUGACAAAUAGUAAUUUUACUCCUGAAUGGUAUGGAAGUUAUUUUGUUAACGGUGAAGUGACAACAGGUUGCACUGAAAGAAUCGAAGCCUUACGUCCAAAAUCUCCUCCUCCCAAAGGUAAAGGAGUUCCAGGGAGCAGAGGAAGAGGUGGAAGUUCAAGAGGAAGUUUUUCAAGGGGAAGAGGAAGAGGUAGAUAG